AUGAAUAAUAACAAGAAUAACAAUUUCAGCAAAAACAACGGCAGUAACAAUGGCAACAAUAACGAGAACUACAACAACAUCAGAAACAACUCCAGUGGUAUGGUAGGCAGCAAUUUGAAUGCCCCCCCCAGCAUGGGCGGGAUGGGCAACGUCAACGGGAUGAGCAACGUCAACGGGAUGAGCAACAUCAACGGGAUGGGCAAGCUGCACGGGAAUUUAAAGAACAUGUCCAGUAAUCUCAACAGUUUGGCUAACAAUAUGAAGCACAGCAUGUCUGGUUAUGCGAAUGGCAUGUCAGGCGGUAUGAGCAAUAUUCCCGGUGGAAUGAACAGCAUGUCCAGCGGAAUGAGCAGCAUGUCCGGCGGAAUGAGCAGCAUGUCCAGCGGAAUGAACAACAUGUCCAGCGGAAUGAGCAGUAUGCCCACCGGAAUGAACACUCUGUCGGGGGGCCAUGGCAACAUUAAUAUCAUGAGAAGCGGCGCGAAACCCCCAAUGAGUAACCUGAACUCCAAAAUAAACAUCAAUAACAGUAGCGUGAAUAUGCAAACGGACAUGAAUUUGAAGAGCAGAAUAAAAAUGGGCAGCUCGGACAUAGCAGGUGCCAACAGAAAUAUGAACAGCGUUUUCAACAAAAGUAACAAUAAUCUAAGGGAAAAUAUAAUGAACAAUUUAAACUAUAAUUACAACAAUGUGAAUUAUAACAGCAUGAUGAAAAGCAACAUAGAAAUGAAUAAUAAUAUGUUAGGUGGGGAGAGUGUAGGGAAACCUCCGCAAGAUAGCAAUGGCGCGAAUAAGAAUGCGGAGAAUUUUGCUAAUAGAUUUAAUAGUAACAAAAUGGUUGUGCAAACCGGUGUGAAUAACAAGCACUAUCGCAAUUCUGAUGGAACUACCAUGAACAGAUAUUACGUGAAUGACAUGAAAAAUGUGGAGAGCAACAUGAUCCCAUUAAACAACAAAAUGAACAAUGUAAAAGACACUCAAAUCGGCGCUAUGCCCCAAUAUAGGGAAAAAGAAUAUCUAGGAAAUGUUUAUAAAAAUAGGGAUAAGUAUUUGUUAGGUAAGAACGAAAAGGAUAAUUUGUAUAUCUCGUCUAAGCAGUUGAGUAGCUUGAGCUCUGGGAACACCCCCAGCGGGGUAGCAGCCGGUAGUGGUACCAUCGGCAGUGGUACCAUUAGCGGUGGCACCGGCAUGAGCAACGCCUCCGCCCAUGCGAGAAAUUUGAAAAAUUUAGACGGCCCCCCAAUGUACAACCCCUUGAAUAUAACCCCGAUGGGCGCCAAAACAAAUAUGAAUAAAGUAUUCACCUUUAGCCCAAAUGACAAAGGCAACUUUCACGCGGAAGCCUUGGCCGACGCGAAGCUCAACAACCAGGCCAAGGAUGCGGACUACAGCCACAUGAACAAAACGGUUAAUAUGUUGUUUAACGAGCAGGCGAAUUAUGGUCCUUAUGGCGUGAGUAGCGGCCACCCGGGAAGUAGCGCCAACCACCAAGGAAGCGUCAACCAUCAUGGAACCGCCAACCAUCAUGGAACCGCCAACCAUCAUGGAACCGCCAACCAUCAUGGAACCGCCAACCAUCAUGCAAGCGCUAAUCACCAUGCAAGCGCCAACCACCAAGGAAGCGCCAACCCGACGGAAGCCCCCCCCAACAGUGCAAAACCCUUUUUCGCACCACCGAACGCCCUAUUAGACGCCAAGGCGUACAACAAAAAUAUGGAAAAUUUAAAGGAACACAAAAACGGGAGCGAAGACAAACAAGUGAGAUACAACAAUUUAAUCGAGGGGAGUAACCCGAACAAGGGCCCCAAUCCCGAAAACGCAAGCAUGGCUCCAUCGCAGUUUGGGAAGAUUAGCACCAAGAAGCAGAAGAUGAGCGUGAAGACUGGCGAUUUGUCCAAUAACGCCAUUCCAAGCGGAGUCAUACCAAGUAGUAACAAUCACGCGAAUGCCCCCACCAACAUUGACAACGCGGAUGCAUACAAAUUUCACAUGAAUAAGGAGAACCUAAAUGCAAAGGAAGCUCCCCAUUUUGCAAACCCAGCGAAUAUUCUAAAAGAUCAUCUAAAAGAUAACAACAAGGCCAAGUAUACUUCUGUAAAUAGGUAUACCAAUCAGAGCAAAAUUAUGAAACAAGCAGAUCAAGAAAAAAAUGUGAUUUCCACAAUGUGUAAAAUGGACUCAGAUUUAGUUAACAAAAAAGGAAAUGAUAAUGAUGGUACUACUACAGGGGCUACUAUAAAUAUGAAUAAAAGUGGAGCUUAUGAAGAAUUGAAAAUGGAUAACAAUGGUGUUCCUUUCGACAAGCCAGGAAAUAAUUCCGCCCAUUUUAACGGGGACCCAUCGAAUGAAAAUAAUAUCAACACGACCGAUCUGAUUGGAGGUGCGGGUGGAUCCACCAUCAGCAGUAGCACUCCCUAUAGUACUGGCAUGUACAACAUGAGCAGUGGCAAAAAUGCCAUUAAUGGAAACGAAACAGAUACGCUAGGGGCAUACAAGCAGAGUGCACAAACAGAACAUAAAAGCGAUGCUGAAAAUUUGAAAAAAAUGGAACAAGUGGAGGAGAAAAAAAGGAAAAAGAAAAGAGAGAAAAAGGAAGAUAAAAAGGAAGAAAAGGGAAAGGAUAAAAACAUCGAAAUGACUAAGAAUGAGAAGGGAGGAUUAUUCCCCUUUGACCAAAAUUUCAAGGGGAAAAAAAAAAAUCUUGAUUAUAAUAAUUAUCUGUACAACAUAACUGAGAGCAGCGAACAAGGCGUUCUCAAUAGCACAGCGCAGAGCGUGCUGCAGACGGCGGAUGGCUACAUGAGCAGCAGAGGGUUGAAUGUACCCCCAGCAAAUGUGUUCGUGGAAAAGGACAAAAAUAUGCUAAAUCGAAUGGACUUCCUAAAUGAAGACGAUUUGAGGUCAUCCAAAAUGAAGAAAAAUUUGAGUGACCUUUACGAUGAAGGGAUAACACCCCUUACGCCUGAGCAAAUGGAAAGCGACAGAAAAUUGGUAGCCCUGACCAAACUUUUUGGGGACGUAAUUGACGAAAAUGACAACGUGGGAAGUAGCAAAAUAAGUGACAGAGUGAUGGAAAAUAAGCCCUAUUCAUCAACAGCCUCCACCUUUAGAAAUAAUGCUCCGCAUAAUCUAGAAUUAUUGAAAAAUAUGUCCCUGGACACUCUGUUAAAUAAUUUAAAUAUAGAUAGGGACGUCCUGGACAUACUGAAGGAAAAAAUAAAUAAUAUUAACAGAAAUAUUAAUGUGACUAUACGCUCUGCAGUUCCCCAUGAAGCGCUAGCAGAGCCAAAAGGAGAAAGAGAAAAUUUCGAUUUAGCAAAAUUGAUAACUCUCUUUGAUGAUUUUAUAAAUUGGUAUGAAAAUAAUUUAAUUCAAAUAAAACUUCAGCUACAGAAUGUCUCCUUCUGCUUGUUGCUGGAAAUUUUUAUUCUCAUAUUAACAAACAGUUAUGGACACAUUUCCGAUUUUAAGAAAAAAUAUUUAAACAAAUUUUCUGCGUACGAACCGGUGACCAAGUUUUUGUCCACCUGUGUUAACUUGAGCCAGGUGUUUGAAAUAUCGCUUGUUCGCUUUAAGGAGAAAAAUGCCCAACACGUCGUUCACAUGACCAAACUGGGAAAGAAGUCCCUGUGGCAGUACCUAACCGUGUACGGAGGCAUUUCGUUGUACAAUUUAAUUACGACCAAAAUUAAAAUAAUAGAAAUAGAGGACCAGGAGAGGAAUUUUAACUUCUUCAAUUCGUUCGUUUCGGCCAACUUUCUCUACAAUGUAAAGCUGGAUUUUCCUGUUAUGUGGUCCUUGCCGCCUAUUUAUUUGACGAAGGACGAAAUUGUGGAGGUACUGGCCGAGCGGAACAAACUACGCCUCCACGGAUGCGACGAAAGCAACAAACCGGGAUGUGAAAAGGAGGAAAAUCACUACGUACCCAACGAAAGCAGUGACGCGUAUUAUUACUACAAACAUAUAUUGAAAAUGCAAAAAAAGAACAGACUAAGGGUGACGAAAAAUAGAAUGCCCAGUAUGCUGUAUUACUGCCUGAACAAUUGUAGCGACAUGACGUGUGCAGAAAUUUCCGGCCUUGAUGGAUCCUUUGUUGCCACGGCGCAUUCGAAUAACAUAAUCAGGUUGUGGAACAUCAAACAGUCCCAAAUGAACAAAAUAAGAAAAAAAAAAAAAGACAUGGAGAUGAUUAAUAAAGUUAAUAUAAACGAUACGAUGAGAAGGAGACAUGGAUAUUUAGAAGAAAAUAAUGCCACGUCCAUAGACUUAGAUUAUGAUGACGAAAAUGAUGGCAUUUGCAGAUUGUAUGGAAAUAUCUUUAAUGUUACAAGCUUACGUUUUGGUGAAUCCAAUAAAAUAUUACUGUCAGGAAAUGUUAAUGGGGAUGUAUAUUUGUACAGCACCAUAAGUAACAAAAAUUAUGUCAAGUAUGUGGGUGGGCACACACCUAUAUGGUCUCUCGACACGGCCUUUUUAGGCUACUUUUUUUGCUCUAGUGAAGAUGAUGGCAAUUUGAGGAUUUACUCCACCAAUAGAACAUACCCUUUUAUUACUUACACGUAUAACUGCCCCGCCAAUGUUUCCAAAUACCACUACAACAGCACGCUUGUGGCUUGUGGCUACUACGACAAUUAUGUACACCUUUACGAUGUUAGAGUAAACUCCUUUAUCAAGAGAUUUAAAAAUAACUACCCAAGCAACCAGGGAGUUACUUCCUUGAGUUUUUCCAAAAAUGGAAGACUGCUAUCUUAUGCAGGUGGCUACACAAAUAACAUUAAUUUAAUCGAUUUGGCAAUGGAUAAAUUUAUUGACGUGGAACCCAAAAUGGCUGUUUCAGCGGAGUCUUGUUACAAUGAUCCCGAGUAUACACAGGCAUCCAAACCGUUUGACACGUACUUAGAUGCAAAUUUACUAAACACAACAAAUGAGGUAACACAAAAUGGCAGGGUUCCACUUGGCACGGAUUUAAACUCGUUUGACGACAAAAUUUUAAGUAUCGACUUUAGUUAUGACAAUAACUUAUUAGUUUCCAUGUCUUGUAAUAAUCUCAUCGAUUUUUACAAUUGUUCCAAAG